AAAUUAUAUCUUGAUUACUUUUAAGCUUUUUAUAUUUGUCUUAUAUGUAUCUUAGAAUUGGUAGACGUUGUCUACUGUUUGAUGAGAAACCACAAACAUGUUAAAGAUGGGAUCGUCAUUUUUUUCCUCAUGAUACAUUUGUUUUUGGAACAAACAGGCCGCUAAUUUAUGCGGUUAAUUUAUAAGCUUUAAAUCAAACUUUUAUUUUACUAGCGUGAUAAUAAAUUAUCAGUUUUACUAGCCAUCAGAUUUCGGAGAGACUGUCAGUCUUGGUUUAGUAGGCAUAGCUAUAAUUAAUUUAAUUAUAUAAUAUUCGAGAAAACGGCGGUUUCUACUGUCUGCAUGAUGUAAAGUUGUAAAACCUACUAGAGUAUAACCAAUUAAUACUUUCUUUAGGUAACUCUUCAUAAUAUUAUUUGUGACUAUUACAAUACCUACUUACAAUGUAAUAAAUAUUACAAUCACGAUUUAAUUGUAACCUGUUCGAUUAUGUAUCUAAUAGAUUUAUUGCAAAUUCAAGCACAUAUCAUUGCAUCACUAUAUUUUGUCAAUGCCCUACAUUUAUAUGUGUAUGUAUACUCUGCGAAUGUGAGACAGUAAGAAAAAAGAUUACGGUUGUUAUGCAAUAAGCACGCAUUAGCGUAGGAAUAGUGUAUGUUGUUAGGACAGGUGUGCAAUGGUUAGACGUAGGAGAUGUGCGGCGGUGGCUGCACUUUCACUCUCGCCGUUCGGACGGUGUGACAGCACCGGUCACAGGCUGGCAGUGGUGCCGCGCCGUCGUUCGCCGCCGCCGGCCGCGCUGCCUAGCUCCGCGACCGAUCGCCACCCUGUGUCAAUACUAUGGUCCGCUGCGCAUGAGCUCGCUUACUCGUUGCUCUGCUGAAUAUCGAGAUCGUGUUGUGAAAAAGCGCACGGUUAUUAAUAGAUUAGGUGUUUGUUCGGACGUGUGUUGUAACAUGAAUUGUGAUGUGAGACAAUAAUAUGGCUAAAAUAUCAAGAUAAAUAGUGAAUCGGCAAAAAAUUUAGUGAAAACAGCAAUAAGUUCCCAAAAUCAUUCAUUCGUUUUGUAGAGAAAGUAUAUAAAUUCCGGUGUCAUGUUUUCCCUUUAGAGUAAAUGUUUACCGACUGUUAUGAUUCUGCAACUUUCUCAAAACACAUGUGUGUUAAAAAGUGUUUAAUCAGUAAUCUGUGUAGAAAUGACAUAAUAACAUACACCAUGGUUUUUAAUUUGAACGUGUUAUGAAAUGUGGAAAGUUGAAAUAUGGAUUCACCGUGUAAAAUUGAUUGUUUUAUAUCGUUCAAAGUGGUGAGUGGUGUCAAGGUUGACAGUGGACGCGCUGGACAUCAGUCACUAAAAAACAGACGCGCGUGAUUUUCAUAUUAUGACGGCCGACACGAUCUACAUCGACGACGGCAUAUACUGUAAAUAAGUAAUGAUCUAAUUGUAUCUCAAACGUAUUUGCUAUUUCGGUUUCUGACAACAUAUAAAUACAUUACUGAUACAUUACUACAUACGCGUUAUGCGGUGAUAACGUCAAACAUUGAUUUCUUUAAAAAUGGAAAUCAUUUAGCUCUACAGUAAAACAUAACGGAGUACAUUGCCCACUUUCUUAGAUUUCUAGAGGGCCCUCCUUUUCACUCGGCACUAGCAUCCGCUUCGUACCGAUCAGCGGUUACUAAGGAAAUAUCCGCACUCUGUGACCCCAACUAGAAAUGAACCAGUCUUUAUAACCAUUUCAUUGGAAAUACGAGCUUCACCUUAUGUUUGAUUUUUAAUGGCAGCUGAGAGUAUACUGUGGAUUUUAAAUAUAUGUAUCAUAUAAAAAUUUAACUAAAAUGCCUCAUUACGAUGAAAGUUUUAUUUAUGACGACAACUUAAAUCAGAGAAGAAAUAAACGAAGCUAUCACGUCUAUAAAAAUGGGUCAACUCCCUUGAGUUUAAUGGAAUCAACUGAUAUGUUACAAGCCCUUGAAGAAAGAGGAUCAUCAGUUAUAAAACGAAAUAUAAAAAAUAUUAAGUAUCGUACCAAUCGGGAAAAGCCAGUGAUACAAAAUGGAUUAAAAAAUUGCAGUCAGACUAAAUGCAAAACACCCGAUAUUAUAGUUGACCACGAUCCGAGGAAUAGGGUGAUCGACAAAAGAAAAAUAACCGAUUUAAAAAAUAAUAAUGCCUAUUUACUGACUCCUUGCAAAAGUUUUGACAACUUGACGUUGAAACCGACAAAAAUAAACUACUUGUUUAGAGAUAAAAUAAGGUAUGGCAGUAGCCUCCAAAACUUGGUGGAUGAAGGACAUUUGAAACAUUUUGUUUCUCCGCUGGAAUAUCAGAACGUGUCAGGGUCACGCAAGGAUGAUUCCAGGAAUUCUUAUUCUAUAGUUGAUGCCCAAAACAGACCAGUGUAUCGUCGAACAUCGCGGAGUACACCUGCACCGGGACCUGGUGUAUACCGUCAAAUAAACAACGAAGGUGUUACUGGAAAAAGUGAAAACGAAUCUGGCAGCGAGGGGAGUUCGGGGCACCGCGGGUCGUUGCGCGGCGCCAACAAGUUGGCGAGGCGCGCGCGCUCAUUCAAGGACGACCUGCUCGAGCGAAUCUCAAAUAUGCGUUCUCCGGCGCAGCAGCAUCACUCAGCGCAUCUCUCUAAUAUCAGCAGAUCGCAUUCGCCACUUAGUCCGAAAAUUCGGAAUAUGGCAACAAAACCGAGUACAGCGGAGGACGGGGUUGUCACACCUGCCAAAGAACUCGAACGGCUAGUCAAAGAGGUUACGUUCGGAUUGAAACACUUUUCGGAUGUCAUCACAAAGAGAAAACUGGAAAUGCUCCCUGAUAAUGGAACUAUUGUCUUUGAAUCAAUCGCGAAUAUUCACAAAGCAAUAAAACCAUACUGCAGUCGGUCACCACAAUUAACCAGCGCCGUAAAACGUCUGUGUACGGCAUUGGCCACGUUGAUACGAUUAUGUGACGAGAUCACAGCUGUAAGCUUGCGAGCCGAUGCCAGCAACGAGGAACUUGACACAUCAGCGGAAGCGUUAUCGCCAGAGUAUGUAAGCUCGGUAGUAAAGGGCGUGACUACCGCUGUCGAGGAAGUAUCAGUAUUAGCACAGCAACACAUGACGCGGCCUGCAUUGUCGCCACGGCCUGCACUCGUAUCACCAAGAUCUUCAACACAAAGGAAUUCAUUGCCAGAUAUCCCGCUGACGCCGAAAGAGCGCUCGAUGCUGACGGGAGAGACGGGCGCGGAGUCUAGCGGCGUGCGCGCCUCGCACUCGUCCGAGUCGGUGCUGGACGCGCCCGACUCGCCGCCGCCGAAGCCCGCCAGGCCCAACCGGAAAAUCGAGUUGGCCCCACCUCUGCCGCCUAAGCGCAAGUCAGCGAACGACAACUCCCUCCUGGGUCUCUCUAUUGAUAGACUGUCCUUGCAAUCUCAUAGCAGUGGUUCGUUGGACUCGAUGUUGAACGUGUCCAACGACGAGGAGCGUAACGCGCACGACUCCUCCAACCACGACCUCGUGUUCGCCGCGCCCGCCACCACCGACCUGACGGGCAUGUGCAGUUGCAACAAUGUGAGCGAUAUGCGGACAUCGGUUGAAUCGCAUGAGUCGCACCUGAAUUCGACUCACGUGCACGCCCAUUCCAACCACAAUCGGUAUGUUAACCACUUCUCCAACGAGUCUGGUUUUGUGUCAGUGGGCCACGCGGAGAUGUCCGCCGAGCACAGCUUCACAUCUUCGUUUUCGUCACAUCACUACACUAGUCAUACGGACAGUAUUUUUAACAGUACAGACUGUGUGACUGAAACGAAGUGCACACUACAAAGCUUUGAGAGCCGCAUGAAUGUAACCAAUAUGAACAAUAUAACCUCGCACCAUUCUUCAAAACUGGCGAGCAUCACCUCAGACGAGAACGAGACGCCGCCCGAGCUGCCCGUCAAGACGCGGCGGAACAUCCGCGUCGACGUGCAGCAACACUUCCCCACCGUCGAGAUCAGGGCGGCGCCGCAGUGCUCGCUGCACGGCGAGGCGCGGCCGCACACGCUGGCGGUGCACCAGCCGCCGCGCCCGCCGCCGCUGCCGCUCAAGAAGAAGCACAUGUUCCAAAGCGUCGCGUACAGCGUUAUGGCGUAUAUGGAGAUGUUUGGCAACUGCAGUCACCCGCCAAACAGUGCAGCAGCUCCAACGGAUUUGUUCCGACACUCGAUACAUACUUAUAAUUUAGCAAGUGCUAAGCAAAUCGCAGACGGCGCCAUUACUGUGCAGCGUCAGCAAGUUCAGCGUUCCAUCGCUCAGUCGUUUACUGUACAGCAUUUUGGGAACGCGCCAAUGAGCAGUGGUUCAGAAGACAGCGUUAACAUGAUCACAUCGAGCGGUACUAGUCCUAUUCCCCUUGAGCCGCCAGCGUUGCCGCCUAAGAUGAAUAAGUCUAAACAGGUUUCCGUAAACUCAAGUAAUGAGCUACUGCCACCUCCUUCACCCCGACCGUCAUCACACAAUAGUUCUGCUGACGAAACUGUAUUAAAUAACAAUUCUGAUGAAUCAUUCGCAAGUGCUACAGUACCUGGAAAGUUCCCACUUGAAGAUGAAUUAGAAUUACUUGUACAGCAACCAACUCCUUCUCCUGUGCCGUCACAGAGAAGUGAAGGCAGCUCGGAGCCCGCAGCGGCGGGCGGCGAGCCCAGCAGCGACGCGCCUGCGGACGCGGACGACAUCAUCCUGCAGACCGACAUCAGCGCGUGGCUCGUGCUCAAGGGGCCCAGCAAGGACGGGCCCGACGUGCGCGGCGGACAUCCCGAUGCACUCAUCGUACUCGCCACCAAAGCUACCAAAGAAUCGGACGAGUACUUCGAGUUCCAAGAGGCGUUCCUGGCCACGUACCGCACGUGGGUGUCGCCGAGCGGCCUGCUGGCGCGCCUGCUGCGCCGCGCCAAGCACUUCCGCGCGCGCCCGCACGACCUGCGCGCCACGCUCAGCCUGCUCACCUGCGUCGUGGCCGACCUCACAACGUCCGAUUUGGAUUCCCCGCUGAUGCAAGAGAUAAUGGAGUUUAUAUACUGGCUGGUAAAUGUUGAAGAAUUGGCGAUAGCAAAAGCACUCCGACAAAUACUCGUCGACAAACAAAAACAGAUACACUUCCAACAGACAAACAGCAGGUACGAGUACGAUACUCCAUGUUACGGCAGUGUAUCUACACGUCGCGAUACUCUUCUAGACUUCAAGUCGACUGAGUUAGCCGAGCAAAUGACACUUUUGGACGCUGCGCUAUUCUCACGCCUCACCACUGCGGAGGUGCUUUUAUGGCCUCGCGAUCAAUCCGAAGAGAGCUCACCUAAUUUGACGCGUUUCACAGAGCAUUUCAACAAGAUGAGCUACUGGGCACGUUCUAGAAUUUUGGAACAGGAUGAGGCACGCGAGCGAGAAAAAUACGCUAACAAAUUCCUGAAGGUAAUGAAGGCAUUACGCAAGAUGAACAACUUCAACUCGUACCUGGCGCUGGUGUCGGCGCUGGACUCGCCGCCCGUGCGCCGCCUGGGCUGGUCGCGCUCCAUCGUGGACACGCUGCACGACUGCUGCACCAUCAUCGACUCCUCCUCCUCCUUCCGCACCUACCGCCAGGCGCUGGCCGAGUCGCAGCCGCCCUGCAUACCUUACAUAGGCCUGGUUCUCCAAGAUCUUACGUUCGUUCACAUCGGCAACCCGGAUCUUCUUCCUGAAGGCGGUAUUAAUUUCACCAAAAGAUGGCAACAGUACCACAUCAUGCAGAAUAUGAAGAGGUUCAAUAAAAAGCAAUACACGUUCAAGAAGAACGAGCACAUCUUGGAGAUGUUCAACGAGUUCGACGACGUGCUGAGCGAGGAGGCCAUGUGGCAGGUGUCGGAGAGCAUCAAGCCGCGCGGCGGCCGGCGCGCGCCGCCCGCGCCCGCGCCGCCCCACGCGCCGCCCUCCGCGCAGACCGCCGCCUGACACGCACACGCACUGUAAAACUUGAAUCCAAAGAAUAUGAGGAAGACUUAAGGUAUUAAUUGAUUCGCUUGAAUUUUAUGUCGAGGAGAUGUAUUAAUUUAGAGAAAUUGUGAUUAUCUGUCCUAAAAAGGCCUAAUUAAUAUUAGUGUAUUUAUUAAUUGCGAUAUUCUCGACUGUGAUUAUGACGAGAGCGAGUAUUGCGUGGAUAGGACGAUGCGACUAAGAUUACUGUUUCCACGCUUUUUAUGUGCAAAAAAGUUAAAUAAUCUAAUCGAAUGAAUAUUCUUUCCGUCAGUAUUUAAAUCGAUUAACUGUCAUCUAUUACAUAUCAGCAUGUGACUUGCAUAAUGUACUAAUGAAACGAGCGACGUCUGGGUGUUUAGAGUAUGUCCUUGAAUCAUCUUGUUGUUGUAUUUGCCAUUGAUGUCAUUAUAUACAUUAUUGUAUAAGCCAGCUUCGAAAGUUAGCUUUCUAUACAUCGAAUUAGAGGAAACUUUUUGAAGUCUUAGGAAUAGUAGCCGAACUACUGUUUGAUCUUAGUGACUUAGUCGAUAUUAAGCAUUUCGAGUGUAUUCAUUUUUAUCGCAAUCUAUUGUUCACCGUUUUUGCAUUACAUUUAAUAUGUAAGUACCAAAAGGAAAUGGGACAGUUCCUUUAAUUCAAAUAUAAAGUUUAAAUGCACACGUUCAGAUUUACAAUGGUGUGGGUCUUUCACAAAACAGUAAUGUUGUAACUGUGGUAUUUGUACCUCAAUGUGCCCUGACAAGAUUUUAUGAUAAAUCAUUUAUAUUUUUAUAUUCAUAUAAUAAGUACACAGUAAAAUACAACUAAACAUAUCAUUUUAAAGUGUGCCAAAAUUUGGAAUUUAUAGAAGUGUCUCAUUUCUAUACUUAGUACAAGUAACUAUUCUAUAAGUACCUAAGCGAAAAUGUUGCGUAUCGAAAAAUGUUUAAGAGCUCUCAUGGUACAAAGUUUGCAGGUAAAUCUUGCAUUUGAUACAUGCUUUGCCGGAAGCAGUUAUUGAAAGUUAAGAAUCACCUUACAAAAGAAUUCGAUAAGUCGAUAAAGUUAAGCGUCGACAGAAGAGCUGAUUGAUUACGUUAAGAGAUUGAUGAACAUUGAAAUGCUAGUAUAAAUGAAAAUGCAACUACUUCCAUAGAAUAACGAGAAAUGUGAGACCGGAUCUUAUAUUUUUUAUGAGAUGAUAGUGAUGAAUAAAACGAAAGCGUCAAUGCCAUUUCAUUCAUGUUGAAAAGUAUUACUGUUGAUGCUAUAUUUUUGUGUGUAUUAAAAUGAAUUUGAUCAUAUUUUAUUUUUGAUAUUCAAGAACUAUAUUUUCCAGCGGGUACCUAUACCUGCAAGGAAAUAAAAUUACAUACUUUUGUAAUGAACUCUUAUUUACAUUAUUCUUCAGUGUUUGCGUAACUUUUACUACUAUUAGAUGUAGAUAAAGCUGCUAGCUAUGAAGCUGUGGCCAGGUAUCGUAUUGAAAUAAUGAUAGAACGAUGUUCACAGUAAUCGCAUUUUUUAAAUAAAUUAUAGGUGAAAUUUAAAUAGUUAUAAUCAACGUUUAAUUUGCCUUAAGACAAAUGAGUCUUCAGUGAAAUAGCAAUAAAAUGUUAUUGUUAGAAUUGCAGCACAAUUUGUGAUAGUAAUCAUGUAGCGUGCCGCUUACUACUCCAGUCUUAUUGACGUCCUGUAUGCGUAGGCAAAUUGUAUUAGAAGAAUAUUAGCGGUAAGCGUAAUAAACCCCAAUAUUAAUAGUCUUGCUGAAGUAUGCACGUAUGUUAUUCAUGUUAAUGAUUAUAGCUGCGAGCUGCGUCGUUUGUUGCGACUUACGGUCAUACAUAUGUGAGUGGAUCGUGCUACAAUAAUGUGUCUGUAACAAUAGAAAAGUAUAUUACAAGCAAUACAACUUUAAAUACAAGCUUAAGGAUUAUACAGUCUUUGCAUUGAUCAGGUAGAUGAUGUAUUGAAAAGGAACACGCAUGUUCCAUGCAAUAAAUAACUAGACCAAUAUUUAGAAUGUUUUCAGUGCUUUACUGAAUUAUGUGCUGAUAUUGUAUUUUGUAUGUAAAAUAUUUUAACUGUUAAGUUAAUAGGGUACGUUACCAUUCUUUGUCUGGUAUUAUUAUUUAUUUAGUAUAUUAUGAAAAUACGGAACGGUUAACGGAUAUAAUUAUUAUCUAAAGUAUAUUAAAGACUGCCUAAAUUAAUUAUUAUUCACUGUAUUUGAUGUAUAAAUUAGUGAAAUUUAAAAAGUCCCAUUCUACCACCAAAGGACAUGGUAAAAAAGUGAAAUUGCAUCAAGGUAAUGUGAAAACUACGUAAGAAAGUACGUAACGCAAACGUAUAAAAUAUACUUAUUUUGAAAGUCAUUUUACAUUGGUGCAUUCACUUAAUUGUCCGAUUUGUUAUCGCAAAGCUAUGUAGCCUUGGCUUAAUUUUAAAUAACUACACAAUGAUCAUUUGUCACAAUGUUCAUAUUUAUUAUAUGCAUAUUAACUUGAUAGUAUAUUUAAAACAAUUAUAAAGAUCACAUUUAUAGUGAACAGCGUACAUAUUUUUGUUGUAUUAGCAAGUUCAGUAUUACGUUAAACAAAUGCCAUAAUCUUAUGAAUGGAAUUAAUAUACUAGUAUAUUUUGUUUUUUUUGGGACCGUUUUUUUAAGUUAAACGUUACUUUUUUAAUUUAAGUAAAGUUUUUUUUUUAUAUAUUAUACCUUAUUGUACAUUUAUUGAGUUAGUUGAUUUAAAUUUAUUAAUCAGAACCGCAGGUGUGUACAGUGAAAUUUUGUGUGUCAAGUUCUUUUUGUAACUAUUUUGUAAAAUAAAUAUAGCACUUUAUUUACAA